AUGAUUGAGCAUAAUUCAAGGACACAGUACACUCAACAUGUAGUACAUGGAAACCAUGUGAGAUUUUUUUUUUUUUUAAUUUUAGGAAGUGGUCAUUAUGGUCGGGGCAAACGACAAAUAGGAUCAAAACCAGCAGCAGCUGUCGUAGCCGAUAUAGAAAGGUUGUGUUCGAAACUGCAUAAUGAAUCACCGAGUGCCACACUCCUUGUCUCUGAAGUGUUACCGAGAUCACACAACCUUUUCCCUGGUAACCAGACGAAGCAGUAUCAUCUCGAUCGUUGGAACCAUGAUGCAGGCAUGGUCAACCGCAAUCUCCGCAGCCUAGCUAAGAUGGUCUCUUGGCUACAAGUCAUUGAGCAGCCUGAAUUUCAUACAAUGUUUGGUAAGUUUCAUUCAUGUUUACAAGCAAAAUGUUUCCUUGUAAAUAUAAAAGACCCGGGGCUCAUAAUGCCGGCUGCCACAUUUUCCAUUAUGAACACAUAAUAUAUCAAUUUCUUGUUAAAUCCUAUCUCUGAUAAUAAUUGUUU